AUAUCUUUAACAGUUAAUCGGGCAGAGCUGAGAAACAGUGCGGGACCUUCAUUUCCAUUUUGAAAAUUCUUCUAUAUAUAUAUUUCUCUCUCUCUCUGGAUGUUCACUGUCUUUCUUCUUCUUCUUCUUCUCGUUGCCUUGCCGGCCACUUGACCCCUGGUUUCCCACUCACAUUUGUCUGAUCUGUUUGUAUUCUUUCUCCCUCUUUAUAUUCAAAUCUAGGGUUUUUUUUUAACCCUCUGUUCUUUCUCCAUCUGUAUAUUGGUUCAUUCCCGCACAGGCCUAACUCUGAUUUUAAUUCAAUCCCAAUUCAGACGUUAGAUUCAUGCCAAAUGCCCAGCUCGCGAAGCUUAUCUGAUGCUUUUCUAUCAUCUCUCGCGAGGAAACUCGCGUUUUAAGCCUUUUUGAAAAUAUAUAUAUAUAUAUAUAUAUAUAAAUAAAAUUCCCUCAAUUUUCAAUAUCCGGGUUCGAGAAGAAUGCCUAUCGUGUCUUAGAUAUCACUGGCUGGUAGCCAAACCCUGAAAUUUCUCAUAAUGCAGAGCUCAGGUAACUCAGCAGGGCAAACCGAGGCCAUAUUGGAUUGGCUUCAAAACGAGAUGAGGUACAGGCCGUUGGGACCCUACACUGCCUCUACGAACAAAUCCCAGUUGCCAUCCAUUGAUGCGCUUCGUAAGAUUUUCCGUGGAAACAUGAUACCGAUUUGGACUUUCUUGAUAAAGAGAGUUAAAUCAGAAAGAAAUGUGGAGAAUAUAAGGAAGAAUAUUAUGGUGCAUGGUGGUGUUGACAGUGGCAGUUCGGUGAAUUUGGGGAAAGAGGAGACUCGAAGUAGAGGGGGAAGGAAAGAAAAAAUUGUCGGAGAAAGUUCUAGCUUGGCAGAGAGUCGGGAAGCUGCAGUGCAGGAGAGGGAUUUGGCAGCAAAGGAGGUGGAGAGGUUGAGGAACAUCGUGAGGAGGCAGAGGAAGGAUUUGAGGGCUAGAAUGAUAGAGGUCUCAAGAGAAGAGGCUGAGCGGAAGAGAAUGCUAGAUGAGCGUGCAAAAAACAGACAUAAGCAAGUGAUGUUGGAGGCUUACAAUCAACAGUGUGAUGACGCAGCAAAAAUAUUUGCAGAGUAUCAUAAACGACUCUGUCACUAUGUUAAUCAAGCAAGGGAUGCUCAACGAUCAAGUGUUGAUUCUUCCAUUGAAGUAGUUAGCAGCUUCAGCGUAAACAGUGAGAAGGAUGCUGUCUAUUCAACUGUUAAGGGCACCAAAUCUGCAGAUGAUGUUAUCCUUAUUGAAACAAAUAGGGAAAGAAAUAUUCGGAAGGCAUGUGAAUCUCUUGCAGUUUAUAUGAUUGAGAGAAUACGCAACACUUUUCCAGCCUAUGAAGGAACUGGCAUUCAUUUGAAUCCUCAAUUAGAAGCAUCAAAGUUGUGCAUUGAUUUUGAUGGGGAACUACCCAAUGAAGUUAGAACUAUCAUUGUGAAUUGCUUGAAGAAUCCUCCUCAAUUACUUCAAGCAAUUACAACAUACACUUUACGGUUGAAAACACUGAUUUCUAGAGAAAUAGAGAAAAUUGAUGUUAGAGCUGAUGCGGAAACCUUAAGAUACAAGUACGAGAAUGACAGGGUAAUGGAUAUUUCUUCUCCUGAUGUUAAAUCUCCACUAACUUAUCAACUUUAUGGCAAUGGAAAGAUUGGAACUGAUGUGCCCUCUAGAGGGAGCCAAAACCAACUUCUUGAAAGACAGAAAGCUCAUGUUCAGCAAUUCUUAGCUACUGAAGAUGCAACUAACAAAGCUGCAGAAGCUAGGGAUGUGUGUGAAAAGCUCAUAAAACGCUUGAACGGAAGUCUUGGUAUAGUUUCAUCACAUUCACUUGGUGUUGGAGGCACAUCACAGAACAUGGGCAGUCUCAGGCAAUUUGAGUUGGAGGUGUGGGCAAAGGAGAGAGAAGCUACUGGAUUGAGGGCAAGCUUGAGUACCUUGAUGUCUGAAGUCCAACGGCUGAAUAAAUUGUGUGCAGAGAGGAAAGAGGCUGAAGAUUCUUUGAGAAAGAAGUGGAAGAAAAUUGAAGAGUUUGAUGCACGCAGAUCUGAACUUGAAACCUUAUAUACUGCUUUGCUGAGAGCCAACAUGGAUGCUGCUGCAUUUUGGAAUCAGCAGCCAUUGGCUGCAAGGGAAUAUGCAUCAAGUACUAUAAUUCCAGCUUGUACAGUUGUUGCAGAUAUUGCAAACAAUGCGAAAGAUCUUAUUGAGAAAGAAGUUAAUGCCUUCUCUCAGAGUCCUGAUAAUAGCCUUUACAUGCUUCCUUCAACCCCUCAGGCACUUUUGGAGUCCAUGGGUUCUAGUGGAUCUACAGGACCUGAAGCACUGGCUGCUGCAGAGAAAAAUGCUGCUUUAUUGACUGCAAGAGCUGGUGCUAGAGAUCCAUCAGCAAUUCCAUCCAUAUGUCGUGUAUCUGCUGCUCUUCAGUAUCCUAGUGGUUUGGAGGGUUUUGAUGCGGGUUUGGCAUCAGUAUUGGAGUCUCUGGAGUUCUGUUUGAAACUUCGUGGCUCUGAGGCUAGUGUAUUGGAGGACUUGUCAAAGGCAAUCAAUCUUGUCCAUAUACGACAGGAUCUUGUUGAAAGUGGUCAUGCAUUUUUGAACCAUGCAUACCGUUCUCAACAAGAAUAUGAAAGGAGUACUAGUUUUUGUCUGAGUUUGGCCUCUGAGCAAGAAAAAAUUGUCACAGAGAAAUGGUUGCCUGAACUUAAAGCAGCAGUUUUGAAUGCUGAGAAGUGCUUGGAAGACUGCAAAUAUGUGAGAACUUUGCUUGAUGAGUGGUGGGAGCAACCAGCAUCUACUGCCGUUGACUGGGUUACUGUUGAUGGGCAAAAUGUUGUUGCUUGGCAUAAUCAUGUCAAGCAACUUCUUGCUUUUUAUGAUAAAGAACUCUUGUGAAUAAGAUCUGAAUAUCAGCGUUACAAAAAUCUUCUUAUACUUGUCUCAGUUGCCCAUAUAUUUUUGCCACGAUUGUGCCAAUGUGUAAAAUUAUCUGCCGCUCGGAUAUACUUGGCAAUGCAAGUAAGGACAACUUGAAGGUUAUUUUUCAAUGACAACUUAGGAGGUUACUUUUCAAUGAUAACUUGGAGGUCAUUUUUCAAUUUGGUAUACAGGACGCAGAGGUGGUUGGAUGUUAGGCAUUUUCCAGUUUGGGAUGUAAAGCAUCAGCUGUUGUUAGAAGGUGGAGAUGAGGUAAUUUUAUCCAAUGAUUGAAUUUGAAGUGUUCUACAAUUGUUUGGUUUUAUUUUUGUGUACAGAAUUGUUCAUAAUAAUUUUCUAGUAUGAUAGGUCGAAAGUUGUGUUGGGUGGUGAGGGGGUUUCUCAUGCAUUGUUGUUUGCAAGUUUGAGGCAUUUGAAAAAUUGCCCAUCAAAGGGUUGUAAUCUGCAAUUUGUAUUUGUAGCUUAAUUGACAUUGUUUAAUCUAACCGAAAGUUGCAACUGUAGUGUUUAUCAAAAA